AUGUGUCAAUCUUUUUUAGGAACACAAACUGAAGAUAAUGAAAAAGGAGAUUCGCUGGUUCAAAUCACUGCAAGCUCUGAAGAGAUAAAUCGACGCAUCAACUCAUUUAUACACCGGAAAAAGCUUGAGGUUGAUGCUUACAAUAGGCGAGAGUUUUGCGUUUUCAAAAGUAACAAGGAUGAGUCAACAUGUGCCAGAACGGAUGCAGCAUUUGUGCCAAGGCAUGGGAAGAAAAGUUUAUUAAAAACGUAUAAGGUUUACAAUAAGCUGGAUACCACGCGAGCUCCCCAUUCAAAGCAGACGUCAAGCCGAUUGAAAGGGCUCAGUAAUGCUUGGCGGCCAACGCACCCAUCAACAUCAUUAGACCUAAAGCACCUCCCUGUGGAGACGUAUGAAAGGGUUGACAAUCUGCAUCAGCAUGUGUUUGCAAAGCCAUUACAAAAACCAAGCGAUGAUGAAAACCAAGCCAGUCAUUCUGCCUUUGUGAAAAUCAAGUCUCUAGAAGAUCGUGUUUUGCUCUUGGAAGGCUUGUCGCCUGAAUAUUUUAGUCACAAUAACAAGGAAAUCCAUUAUCGAGAAGCAAAGGAUCUAGAAAGGACGUGGCAAACAGAUUUCAACCAACAGACUUCAAAGGACGCUGUUUUAAUGGACAAAAGAAUCAAUGAGCUCAGAGGAAUUCUGCAGUCAAAGUCAAACCCAGGCUCAGUAACGUGA